AAUAGUCUUUCAAAGCACAGAUGGGAUACAGCCCUGGACUUACACAGAGCGCUCCAGAGAGGCUUCCAGAGGCUAAGGGGGGGUGAACUGGUGCUGCUGCAGAGUCUCUUCCAAAAGGACCUCGUUUGUUUCGUUCGCCCAAAUAUCGCUUGUUUUUGAAGAAAUUUCCUUUCAGUUUCGUCUUUCACGCAGUUCGCUUCAUCUGCACGGAAGAGACGCGCUUGUGGGGAAGUUGAAGAGACACAGCCAAGUGAGGGAUGAGUGAUUCAGACAUGGACCCGACUCCAGGGAGAAGAAGCAGUAUAGAUCUACCACCCAAUAUGCCUGAAGAGCAGGACAGGGAGGAAAUCCUCAGAGCAUUCCAGAUGACUAAGGAGUUUGUGCGGCUGUUCAAAGAAGAGAAGCCGCUGAUCGAUGGUCACCUCCGAGAACUCAAGAGAAUUGUUGACAGACUGGACAAGGUCAACAAGCAGGCUACCAUUGCUAAGACUGUAGGGAGCUCUCUUUGUGCGAUAGGGGGCGCUAUGGCCUUUGCAGGGCUGGUUCUGGCUCCUGUUACACUGGGAGCUGCCACUACAGGGGUUUAUACUGCCUUGACUGGAGGAGCCACCCAUCUCGCCACGGAAAUAGUAAAGGCUUCAAGUGUUAGAGAUUAUAACAGGAGAGUACAGGAGGAAUUUGAGAUCCUUCAGUCUAAAAUGAGCACACUUUGUGAUUCAUACAAUGCUGCUUGUGGAGCAGCUUCUGAAAUAGAUGACGAUCACACUGGGGCCGUUUUAAAAAGCGCUUGUUCAACGAGAGUUUGUCUUGGUGCUGCAGACCUACUUACAGAUGCUGCUGCUUCUGCUUCAUUGCUCUCCAAAGUGCGCACACGAUUCGGUGUUCUCGACGGAGCCUUUCUGGUCUGGAAUGUCUUUGACGUUGUGUCGAGUUUCACUCGCAUUCAGAAGGGGUGUAAAAGCGUACGGGCGGGAGAGAUUCGCACGCUGGUGGAAAGUGUAGAGUCCGAUGUAGCAGCACUGGAAGGAGUCUCUUCGCAGUUGGACACGGUUCUUAAGGAGCAGUGAAGCGUCAGUCAGGGCUGUUGGGAUCUCAUGCACUGGAAAGAGAUUUCACUGGAAUAAUGUGCUGAUGCACCAGCACUGGAACGUGGCUUUGAAGCAGAAAUCCCUUUUGAGCGCCUGAACCCAGAUCUCUUGUCUUCCCCGUUCUGAAUGACAGGAUUGUGACUGAGGAAAUCCUGCCAGUCAAUUAGAAACCUGUGGUUUGAAUUGAAGGGGGCAGUCCAGAAGCGCAGACCGAAGGAUAUGAAGGAUCUGGAAGGAUUCUGCAUGGAGGAAUGGACUAAGAUCCCUUCCAGUGUGUUCUCCAAUCUCAUGAACAUUGACAGAAGAAGUCUCAGUGCCGUUACCCUCGCAAGGGGAGGAGGGUGAGCAAAGCACUGAAAACAAGGGGGCCAAGAAUUGUGACACUUCAUUUUUUUGGAAAUGAUUAUAAUUUGAGAAAUAUGUAAUUUUGGUUGAUUCCCUUAAAUUAUUAACAAAGUACAAUGUAUUCCACAUGGAAAAUUGCAAUAUAGCACAUUACUGUGCUGUGCUCAGUACAGCCUGUUUUGCUCAUCUUUCUCAAGAGUGCCAAUCAUUUUGGAGGUGAUUAUAUAUAUAUAUAUAUAUAUAUAUA